AUGGAGCUGAUACGGAAAAAGAUGAAACCCUACCAGCCGUCGGAACAGCUGGUGGUGCGCGAUAGCGUCAGCCUCAGCAUGGACGAGGACCUGAGCGAUGAUGUGGAGGACGAUGUGUUUAUACGCGAUGGGCGCACCUGUCGCACGUACGAGGACCGGGGUGCGAAGCGACCGCUCAUGGCCCCGAGACGCAAGUACGGCAAAGCAACAAGUGGCAAUGGGAGCGCGGGCGGUGGUGGCGGUGCUGGCAGCGUGCGCUCGUCGAGCCCCAUUCUGAAGAAGUAUCGCCGCCGGAAGUGCUGGAAGUGUUGCGAACCAUUUUGCUACGGUUUGGCUGCGGUGACCGUCCUUAUCGGAUUAAUAGUGUUGGCUGCAUUGCUUCUGACGGCAUUCCCGCAGCCGCUUCAAAAGAUCAAGAUAUGGUUUCACAAGGAGUCCGCUUUCAGCAGUGCCGUCAUACGGGACAAGUUCAGCAGUCUAAUGUACACCGCCGACGGCAUCGCGGAUGGGCGCAACGGAACGCUGGAAAUGGUCCCGUGCACACAGAUAACUGUACAGAACGUGUGGACACGCGUGAUUGCACGCGUCAACAGCGAAAGUCCGCUCCGGAAGCUGGACGUGAAUGGGGACGGCGUGGACGACAUCAUCGUCGGGUACGGCAUCGAUGAGAUGGUGGACGAAGGUGUUCGAGAUUACAUCCCCCAGUGCACAUCGCGCAAAACUGGAAUUACCGAUCUUUGUGGCGGUGGACUGCUGGCACUGAACGGAAUGGAUGGCGCAACGCUCUGGCAACGGUGGACAUCGUUUACGAUCUUUUCGCUGAAGUGUAACAUCGACAUCAACUCGGACGGUGGGAACGAUUGUGUGGCAGCUGGUCGGGGAGGACUCAUACUUGCGCUGGACGGACAUAAUGGACGAAUUCUGUGGGAGUUGAAGGAUUACUCCGAUCUGGAAAGCUACGCCGAAAUAAGCAUCGACCUGUACACGAUCAAUGUGGUGCGCGAUUUGAACGGUGACGGAAUAUCGGACCUCAUUGCGGUCCACGUGGAAGAAACACAGCGAGCACACGGUGGCCACAUUAAGCUGAUAUCCGGCGCAACCGGAACGAUCUUGCGUAGCAUUCCGACUCCGUACCGGGAGGAAAUGUUCGUUCCGAUACAGGAGUUAGCGAGAGCGGACGGGACAGAUGCGUUUCUGGUGGUUACCGGCGGCCAGAACUCGCCCGGUGGCAUUUACGUGCUGAAGCAGGAGAAUCUCAUGAAGUACCCGGGCGAGACGGCGUUCGAACCGAUCGUGCGGAUGGAUUCGUCCGGCUUUAUGGUACCGGCUGUGCUGACCGAUCUGAACGGUGACGGAACGGAGGACUUUGUGGUCAGCUCGUUUAACUCUACCGUAUACGCCUUCGACGGGGCAAAUCGUACCCAGCUGUGGUCGUUCACGAUCGCCGACUCGGAGAGCGUUAGCUCCAUCGUGCCCGGCCACUUCGACCAUGACAAUGUGACGGACUUUAUGGUGAAGUACAACACCGGGCCAGGCUUUCCGAUCUACUACUACUCGCAAACGAUGAUCAUAAACGGCACGAACGGGAAACCAUUUUUGGACAGCUCGAUCAAAGAUUCGGGCGGACCGAACGGAUUACUGGGUGGGAUAACCGUAUCCCAAACGGGGGGUGGUGAUUUGUUUCUCCACUGGCAAACGCAGUGCCGAAACCGUACGGCAGACACCACCGAUGAGUAUCAGUUCAUUCCCGAAAGCGACGUUAUUCAACAGUCACGUGCGGACACGUGUGCCUUGCGCUAUAACCAAUCGUCUGUGCUGAAGCUGUACGCCAUCACGCGUCACGUUGAACCACCGGGAGCGGUGAUUUUCUCGUCCGACGAUUUGACGAUCCGACUGAACGAAACGGGCACAUCGUCGGAUCAAACCCAACCAAGCUACGUGGCACCCAUGAAACAUCCCAAGAUGAAGCUAAAGGGACGUAACGAUGGUCAGAGCAGUGCCACGAUGCGUAAGAGUUCCGUUGAAGCUCCGGCCGCAGCACAGGCAACGAAUAACCAGCAGCCGGAUGUGCAUAUGGAUAAAAAGUUGUCUCCAUCCCAACAGUCUAACGUUCCGGUGGGCAUUGUGGUGGAUAGUCCUGGUCAGGCGGCGAUGCUUGGCAGUAGACGGAAGGAACCCUUCCAUGGACAGCAAUCGGCAGCGGCACAAUCGAUCGACGCGCUCGCAGAGGAAGAAGCAAAGCGACAGGAGAAGAUGGCGCUUAACAACGUGUACAAGAAGUACAUUUAUAACGCCAAUGAUCAGGAACCGGUCGGUGAUCUUGCCGGGCCAAUAGCCGGGAUUGGUGACGAGGUUAGAGGCGAUGAGCGGAAACCGUACAUCUAUCUUCCCUACGAUCAAAUGGAGCAAGAUAGCCGUAAUCCAUACCUGACGAAUCAAAUUCCGCCGGCACCGGUCGGCAAUUUAGACUACGACUAUGGAACGUCUCCUCUUGAAGAGGAAGGACGACCAAUGCCCGCACCAUACAAGCGUCCACGCUAUCGUUCUAAUGGUCGAGAUGUUCGCAGCAAGUUUGGUGUCUUCGACGACAAGACAGAGCUUCACGAUCGAUCGCUGGAGGAGCAAGUGUUUAACGAGUCCAAUCCGAACUCGCAGAUCGUGAAGAAGGUGCUGCUGAACGAUGAGAUCAUGGAUGAUCUGAAGAAUGCUGAUCCCGGUAGUAAGGGUUCUAAGGAGACACUUUGGGAUUUGGAGAUGGAAAAGGAGGCCAAAGAAGCUAUGAACGACGUCAACGCUAUGAACUUUGAGUAUAAUAAUAAGGCUCGUCGGCAGAUCGGAAUGACGACUGUCCCGGCUAAGGCAACGACCAGCACAACAGGACCACCACAAACCAGUCCAGUUCAGAAGCAAUCCGGCGAGUCGCCACUUCCAAACGAAAACAUUCUUCCCUCGAUCGCAUCGACCGGUGUGUUGCUAAAAUCGAUCACCGGUAGUACUGCUGCCACACCGGUUUCUUCCACUACAGCGCCCCCGGUUACACCAACCAUCGAUUACGUGUUUGUGAUGAACAUCCGAGAAUCGGAACAGUAUCCGCCCCUGUUUCUCGAUUCCGACCUGAGCUGUAUACAGGAAAAGAUGCAAGCUUACCGCACAUACCGCAACGAGGAUAUGGUGCAGCUCGAGAAAAAGUUCUUCGCCCAAUGUCUAAAGGCACGGUUGCCGAAUCUGACGCCACAGUAUCCACGGUUUGAAACGCAAAUUGUCGUCACCCGGCUGGAGAUCGGCUGUGGCUGCAGUGCCGAGUUGAAUCCGGCGCGUGAAGUUUGCUCGAAGCUGCACAGUUACGAUCAGCAACGGUGGACACAGUACAUGGGCAACGAAGGAAACGGUCGUUACUGA